AUGCGUACUGGGAAGGUAGUAGCAGGUGAUAUGAAGGGUAUUGAUGAAGCACAAGCUCAUGAAGAAGACAAAAGUAUUAAGGAAGAAAAGACACCCAUCCAACAAAGCGUUACCAAAGAGUUACAAACAGAUGCAGCAAAAAGCACUCCAAUGUCAAAAGUGGUGCAACCUCUUCCCAAAAUAACUCCUCAAUUUCCCCAACGUCUCAAGAAGAAAAAUGAGGAUGAAAACUUCAAGAGGUUCUUAUCGGUGUUUAAUACAUUAUCGAUUAAUCUCCGUCUAGUGGAGGCAUUGUUGGAGAUGCCGGGUUAUGCCAUGUUUAUGAAGGAGUUAGUCACAAAGAAAAGAAGUUUGGACUUUGAAACAAUUGAAGUCUCUCAUAGUUUUAGUGCAAUUAUGACAAAUGAGACAAUAAAAAAAAAGGGAGAUCCUGUAGCCUUCAACAUUCCUUGCACAAUCGGUAUGCUCCAAUUGGCCAAGGCCCUAUGUGAUUUAGGAGCAAGUAUAAAUCUAAUGCCAUAUGCGAUCUAUAAGCAACUUGGGUUGGGUGAACUAAAGUCCAUAACAAUGAGGCUUUUGAUGGCAGACCGAUCUAUCAAGAACCCCGUGGGAAUACUCUAUGAUAUCUUGAUUGAUGCAGAAAUUCCAAUUAUUUUGGGAAGACCUUUAUUUGCAACCAGGAGAGCAUUAGUAGAUAUUGAAAGUGGAGAGUUGAAAUUCUGGGUGUAUGAAUAUGAAGUAACCUUUAAUGUGUGUAAGUCUAUGAAGCACCCAAGCUAUUUUCAUGUGGUUUCAACUAUUGGUAUAAAUGAUGAAGUUGUGGCUAGUGUUAGCCAUUUGAUGUUCAUGAGUGAGCCACUUGAAACGGUACUUGCAAACUAUGAUGAGUCUAAAGUCCAAGGUUACGAUGAGGUAGUAGCUGCCCUUUCAAGUUUGGGGGAAUAUUCAAAGACUCUAAUAAAGUUGGAUGUUGAUCUAAAGAAUCGAUAA